AUGGCUGAAGGAGGGAGUGGAAUCUCCCAACCUAAGGCUGCUGCUGCGAAUGCGCAAGUCUCGUACACAGAGCCAAACUCAAGCAAAAUUACUGGCGCGCAUACAGAAAAUCGGAGCCAGUCGGUUCAGUCACAAUCGAAGCCUCAGUAUAACCCUCAAGAGGAGCAGCCAAGGCCUGACGGUACGAGCGAAGCGGUCCCAGUCGAACCAAAGGACCAGGAUAUGAAAGACUAUGAACCUAAAAGAGAAACAUCUGGGUCUCCUUCAGCCAGCCCAAGAUCGGGUUAUUUGGCCGAGAACGCAGCUGAACUUGGUACACCCGCUGCUGAACCUAUUACACCCGCUGCUGAACCUGUUACACCCGCUGCUGAACCUGUUACACCCGCUGCUGUCGGCGCCAAUGACUCGUUAGACGAUGUCCUAGUUGACCUGAAGAAGUUGUCAAUUGGUCGCGAUCACGAUGGAGAACCAGAUGCCUGGAGCCGUCUAGGACGGUCACUCAUAUUGCUGGUUCGAUACGGACCCUACAAAGCGGCAAAAUACCAGGUUCAAACUGCAAAUGGAUACAACACCCAAGGGCUACAGAAAGUAUCGAAUCUCAAGACCCGAAUUUCGCAUCUAACGUACGAAGGGGAAGACGGGGAAGACCACUAUAGAUACAGCAGGAACAACAUCGUCGGCAUUGUUGGUGUGGCAUUUCGGGAACAAAAGGACACGAACAAGGAUUACAAAACAGCUCCCGCCGCUUUUGUCAAAGUCAAAUGGCAAGGAAUCGAUGCUGCGCAUCAGAAACUGUUGACCAGGGACACCUGCUGGAUUACCAAGGCAGAUCUGGUCAGACUUACCGACCUAGCCACCGCAGAGCAAAAGAUCUCCGAGGCUUGGGAUAGGCAGGAGGAACGUUACAAUCAUUGGCAAGGUCAAAUGGGACGAGACAGCCCUGAUCGUUCACCCACCCCUUGCCCGCUGGAUGCUUUCAAAGCACAAAAGGAGGAGAGAAUAAAGCGCGAGCUUACAAUGGAGCCUUCUAUGCCAAGGGCACAAAGUAUGGGGCUGGACCCAGAGGGGUGGAGCCUAGCAAGUCGCCAGACAACGUUAAACAACAACGAGCGUUUUGAUUCGAUUCCGGUAAAGCAAGAAUUGAACAAUGACGACAAUGACCUGUUUGUCAAUAACUUCAGUAGCAAUGGUCAGAAUGCCAAUGGUCAGAACGCCAAUGGUCAGAACGCCAAUGGUCAGAACGCCAAUGGUCAGAACGCCAAUGGUCAGAACGCCAAUGGUCAGAACGCCAAUGGUCAGAACGCGAAUGGUCAGAACGCGAAUGGUCAGAACGCCAAUGGCCGAGAUACCAAUGGUCAGGAUACCAACUAUGUGAACAACAACGCCCUGAAUAAUGAGACAGGAAGCGGAUCUACUCAAAGUCGGCCACCACCAAAAUUGAGCAACUUCUAUAAGAAUUGGUUGAAAAGAGCGAAAAUUAAGGAAACCGAUUUUGGUGACCUCGAUGAUCGAUCCAUUGCGAGAUUCGAAGCUGCUGCCUUUGUUUAUAUGGACUCGUUGAGGCAGCAAGGCUACGUUGUGGAAGAUGAUAUGGGUGUGAAUAUCUACGGUGAAGAACCGUAG